CUCUUUAUAGGGAGAUACUCUGAGAAAGAGCACACUGUGGGGGCCCACUCCAUGUGAUGUUUUCUUGAUUGUCUGUUCCCUUUUCUACCUGCGGAGCACGGUUCCCUUAAGGGCAGCAGGAUCAGCCUCCUGUCUCAUCUGGAAGACCACCAUUCUGGGGUCUCAGAGGAAUGAUGGAAGCCUUGGGGUUUCUAAAAUUGGACGUGAAUGGCCCCAUGGUGACGGUGGCCCUGUCAGUGGCUCUCUUGGCCCUUCUGAAGUGGUACUCCACGUCAGCAUUCUCAAGACUGGAGAAGUUAGGCCUCAGACAUCCCAAGCCUUCUCCUUUUAUUGGAAAUUUGAUGUUUUUCCGCCAGGGUUUUUGGGAAAGCCAAAUGGAGCUCAGAAAGCUGUAUGGACCUCUGUGUGGGUACUAUCUUGGUCGUCGGAUGUUUAUUGUUAUUUCUGAGCCAGACAUGAUCAAGCAGGUGUUGGUUGAGAACUUCAGUAAUUUUACCAACAGAAUGGCGUCGGGUUUGGAGUUCAAGUCAGUAGCCGACAGCGUUCUGUUUUUACGUGACAAAAGAUGGGAAGAGGUCAGAGGUGCCCUGAUGUCUGCUUUCAGUCCUGAAAAGCUGAACGAGAUGACUCCCCUCAUCAGCCAAGCCUGCGACCUUCUCCUGGCUCAUUUAAAACGCUAUGCAGAAUCUGGGGACGCAUUUGACAUCCAGAGGUGCUACUGCAAUUACACCACAGAUGUGGUUGCCAGCGUCGCCUUCGGCACCCCGGUGGACUCCCAGCAGGCCCCUGAGGAUCCCUUUGUGAAACACUGCAAGCGUUUCUUCGAAUUCUGCAUCCCCAGACCUAUCCUGGUUUUACUCUUAUCAUUUCCAUCCAUAAUGGUCCCACUGGCCCGGAUUUUGCCCAAUAAGAACCGAGAUGAACUGAAUGGCUUUUUUAACAAACUCAUUAGGAAUGUGAUUGCCUUGCGGGACCAGCAAGCUGCCGAAGAGAGGCGCAGGGACUUCCUCCAAAUGGUCCUGGAUGCCCGACAUUCUGCAAGUCCCGUGGGCGUGCAAGACUUCGACAUCGUCAGAGACGUCUUCUCCUCUACCGGGUGCAAGCCGAACCCUUCCCGGCAACACCGGCCCAGGCCCAUGGCCAGGCCUUUGACUGUGGAUGAGAUUGUGGGCCAGGCCUUCAUCUUCCUCAUCGCUGGCUAUGAAAUCGUCACCAACACACUUUCUUUUGCCACCUACCUACUGGCCACCAACCCUGCCUGCCAAGAGAAGCUUCUGAGAGAGGUGGACCUUUUUAAGGAGAAACACGUCCAGAGAGGCCCAGAAUCUUCCCUGCUUCUGCUCCACCUCCUGACCCACUGCCCCCCUGGGAGCCCCUGGUCAUCCCUGAAGCCUGUGGUCCCUGAGUUCUGCAGCCUCGAGGAAGGCCUGCCCUAUCUGGACAUGGUGAUUGCAGAGACGCUGAGGAUGUACCCACCGGCUUUCAGGUUCACACGCGAGGCGGCUCAGGACUGCGAGGUGCUGGGGCAGCGCAUCCCCGCAGGUGCUGUGCUAGAGAUGGCCGUGGGUGCCCUGCACCAUGACCCUGAGCACUGGCCAAGCCCGGAGACCUUCAACCCUGAAAGGUUCACCGCUGAGGCCAAGCAGCAGCACCGGCCCUUCACAUACCUGCCCUUCGGGGCCGGCCCACGGAGCUGCCUCGGGGUGCGGCUAGGGCUGCUGGAGGUCAAGAUGACACUGCUCCACGUGCUGCACAAGUUCCAGUUCCAAGCCUGCCCUGAGACCCAGGUACCGCUGCAGCUAGAAUCCAAAUCUGCCCUAGGUCCAAAAAACGGUGUCUAUAUCAAGAUUGUAUCCCGCUGACACAGAAGGCUGCCGGGUGGAGGGAGGGUACCCCCAAAUUCAAAGAAAAUCCUGAGUGUGGAUAUUCAGAAUUUUGGAAAAACGUCACUGAAAGGAUUGAAAGAGUGCCUGGCAUGCAAGGAUAAGAGGUUCUUUACAUAACAUUUCCUAAAUGCUUAAUAAACGUUUGUUGCACUUUGUUUUGACAUUGCCAA